CCGCCACACAGCCGGCACUGGGCGGAGCCCGGGGCCGGGCGCUCCGGACCCGCUGCUGCCCCGCGAGGCCUGGCCCUCGGCAUGGCCUCCUGGCCGGGGGACAGCGCGGGCCCCGACCCGCUCGUUGUCCUGCUGGCCGUCAUCCUGCUAGCGCGCUUCCUUCUGUGGGCCUGCCUCGGCACCUACCUUGAUUAUAGGCUGGCCCGGCCGCAGCCCGCAAAACCCAAGGAGGACUAGGCAUCCGUGGCUGCAGCACUCGGCGCAAGCUGAGACACGCCUGAGAAGACUGACAGGCGGGGAAAUGUGGCCCGAACCUGAGAAUCCAGUGCCCGUCUCCCUGGCCCAUCAACUGUGUCCAUGCCCGAAUGAAGGAGCAGCACAUAGCAGCUGGGUGGUGCUCAGCCUGGUGCUGGGUUGGAAUCACCCAGGAGAUUAUAGCAAACACCAGUAGUCAAGCCUCCGAGUCUGAGAAACAGCAGCAGAGACAGGAUGUUCCUGGGGCCUGGUGACACUGGGAACUCACAGCAGAGCCUUAGGGGGCUGGAGUUGCUGGCCUGGGGUAGUAGACCCCAGGGGUGCCGUGGCUGGGAGCUGUUGGGCUUGCAGUGUCCUGGCAGCAUGGACUGCAGGUGUGAGCCUGGCAUGCAGUUAUCGCUGCUUCUGUGGGACUGGGUGAACUCACCCGUGCUGAGAAGACCUUGUUUGGCUGUGGAGAGAUCGCUGUGCUCCAGGGAACUCCAGGGACUGUGGAAGUGGUCAGAGAAGCAGUGACCUUCUGGGGGUUGGGCUGACCAACUUGAGAGUGUUGAUGCUGGGGUGUCCAGGGGACGAUUCACAGAUGACCUGGAUGAGGUUCCCUGCUUACUGAUGGCAGUCUGGAGAGUCUGCCGAGGGGGGGUUACUGUGCACUGAUUCAUCCAGGGCUGGCAGGUGGCUGUCCUCUGGGCUGUUGUAUUAGCCAGUGGCCAGGCAGAACCCUCAUUCUUCACCUCCACCCGUCAAUGUCAAGGACAAUCUGCCACAGGGUGGCUGAGCGCUCUGCUGAAGAUUCUCUCCUGAUGUAGGGUUAGGGGAGGGGGAGUUCUCAUUGCUCUUUAAGAAAACAUCAGCCUCCCAGGAAUUCCACUCCUAGAAAUUUACCCUAAGAAUGCAGGAGCCCAGUCUCAAAAAGACAUAUGCACCCCUAUGUUUAUCGCAGCACUAUUUACAAUAGCCAAG